AUGGACAAGCCUGCGGAUUUGCGUCUAUCGAGUGGUGAAGAUCUUGAGCCUCAGCCUAAGCCUACACGGCCCGCUACAGUAUUGAGUACCGUUAUACCACCGUCCGGUAGCACGUCUCAACACGCCACCAUGGACUCUAACAGGACUAUCCAUGAAGCUGGAGGGACCUUCUAUGCUGGGCCUCCAAAUGAUGACCCAAGGGUCACUUCGCAGUCAAGUCCUAAUAUCGAGCACAAGGCCAAGAGCCCGACUCUGGAAGAUACUUACUCUACCUACCGCGCCAUCAUUGGCUCCGAUGGGUCGUGGAUCCACGACACUAACUACUCUGAUUACACGGAAGGUGCGUCUGACGUAACUCGUAUCCUCGUAGGCGCCACGAAGAUGGUAGCCGGAUUCCCUGCAUCGUCGGCGUUGGACAACCCUGCCUCUGUGCUUGGUACCCUCAACUACACCGAUGGUAUGGUUCAUUGA